AUAUGUCUAUAUGUUGAUGUGCCGGUUCUCAAGCUUUUUGUGGUAUUAGUUUGGAGAGACGGUUGGCUGCUACAUUCGUAGAGAAUUGAGGUGGACCUUGAGAGUUUGAUUGGAGGAGAAAGAGAGAGAAAUAAAGGAAGAGAGUCAAUCACCGAAGUAGACUUAAGGGAUAUUUGAGUUGAGAAGUGAGAUGGGUUAUUGGCAAACAAAGGUGCUUCCAAAGAUCAAGAGGGUGUUUGAGACCAAAACCAGUACAAAAAAGGCUGCUGCUGCUGAGGCUUGCAAGUCCUUUGAUGACUCCAAGGAGGAAAUAACCAAGGAGUUUGAGGAAAAGAAGGCUGAUCUUCAAGCAAAAGUAAUUGAAUUAUAUGAAGCUUCCUCAUCUGAAAUCAAGACUUUGGUUAAGGAGCGCAAGGAGUCAGGGUUGAAGAAGUAUUCAGCUGCAGUCCUGAAGUUCCUUGAAGAGUUGGCUAAAAUUGAAUUCCCAGGAUCCAAACCAGUAUCAGAAGCCUCUUCAAAAUAUGGGCCAGCCUACGUUUCAGGUCCAGUUUUCUUUGUGUUUGAGAAGGUGUCAACAUUCAUUGUGAUUGAGGAGAAGGUGGAGCCGCCGCUGCCAGCCGAAGCAGCAAAGACUGAGGAGGAAACAAGUGGUGGUGUAAAAGAAAAGGAGAUAGUGAUUGAAGAAGAGGUGGUGGAGGAGAAGAAAGAAGAGGUAAUGGUGGAGGAGAAAGAGGAGGAGGUUGAGAAACCUAAACCUACUGAGCCAGAUGCUGCUGCUGAGGCUCCUCCUCCCAAGGUGGAGGAAUCUGCUGCUGCAGAACCACCAAAGCUUUAGGCAGAACAUUCAAUCAAUCAUGCAUGGGUUAAAAAGCUUUAAAAAUUUUCAAGUCCUUCCUCCCCAAGUCAGUGAUGACUUCUGCGUAAAAGUGUUAUAAUUUGGUAAAAUAUAAUUGAUUUGUUAUCCUUCAAUACUUGUAACCUAUUUCGGAAUAUUUGUUUUUUCCAAAAAUUUUCAUUUAUGUGUAAUUUAUUGUGUAUCAGUCUCUGUAUGUAUGUAUCCGUCUUAUUACAUUGGAGAUAAUCAAAUUUUGAACCUAUUCUAUCCA